AUGCAGACUCCACAGAGAAGCCCAAGCCUCAGACCUUUCAAGCAAAGAAAGAGCUCAGCAACCAGAAGGGAGGAAGUUGCUGGAAUCCUAGUGAAGUUCCCUGGCAAGAUCCCGGUGACAGUGGAGCGCUAUCCCAGGGAGAAGCUCUUGCCCUCACUGGACAAGACCAAGUUCCUGGUCACACAGGAGCUGACCAUGACCCAGUUCCUCAGUGUCAUCCGGAGCCGCAUGGUCCUUGGGGCCACUGAAUCCUUUUACUUGCUGGUGAACGACAAGAACUUCGGAAGUAUGAAUGUGACCAUGGCAGAGAUCUACAGGGACUACAAGGAUGAGGAUGGCUUCGUGUACAUGACCUAUGCCUCCCAGAUAUUUGGCUGCUUGGGGUCAGCAGCCCCCAAGGAUGAGAGCAACCUUGGGGGCAGGCCCUGCUAUCCUCUAUAA